UCGAGCUGUCGAUUCCCCAUGCAGCUGAGAAUGAAAUAAGAUAUACGACCCAGGCUGAAAAGUGUGUUGGCUGGGCAGCAUUUUAAAAAAGACCGAUAUCAAACAAGCAUUUUUCAGUAGAUCGCUCUGCGAGUCAACACAUUUUCAGUUAGUGGCCAUCGUUCACAGACAAAAAGAAAUGGGCUUCAAGUUAUUUAAUAUCAGCUAUCUUGUCGUAGUCAUUAACGUUCUAUUCGUGAUCGGUGCCAACAGCAGUUUGAUGGGUUUCAGAAAAUCUUAUUCGGCGUUCGACGCCGAUUGCGGAAUGGUCGAUUCCAUUUCCAGCAACAGCAGGAUCGUUGGUGGAGCAGAGUCGCAACCAAACGAAUUCCCGUGGCAGGCCUUCCUCCAGGUGGAAAUGCAAAGUGGCAACGCUUACGCCUGUGGGGGAACUUUGAUCGCCGAUCGUUGGGUCCUGACAGCCGCUCGCUGUCUCGUAGUGCCAGGACAAAAGGUGAGAUACAUCGACGUCUAUCUGGGGGCUCACGAUCGCACGACAGAGUCGGAAGACAACCGGAAAUUGUAUUCCAAUAGCGAAACUUUUAUCCAUCCUGCCUGGAAUCCGGCCACCGAUGCAGGAGACAUUGCUCUCAUCAAACUCAAAAGCGCCGUCAAAUAUUCACAGUACAUCCGCCCAGUGUGUCUGUCAAUUUCCGGUUAUGACGAACCUGAUUACGUGGACGAAAUGGUUACCGUCACGGGAUGGGGUACAACUUAUGACGGUAGUCCACGUAUGAGCCCAGUGUUACAUAAGAUGACGGUCCCGGUCAUCUCCAAUAACGACUGUAAAAUAACUUUUGGUGACAACAUCACGGACGACAUUAUGUGCACCAAUGGUGCCAACAACAUGGGGACUUGCAUAGGCGAUAGUGGCGGACCGAUGAAUUACAAACAGAUGGACGGCAGGUGGAAACAGAUUGGAAUUAUUUCGUUCGGUUCAACCGAGGGAUGCCAAAAGGGUCAUCCAAACGGUUACACCAGACUGAGCUCUUAUUCGUCAACGUGGAUCAAGGAUGUCAUUGAAACAACUUCCGGCACUCAUCCAACAACAUCCGCCUUUUUAUCGACGCCCCUUAUCUUCGUUUCCAUCGCUUUCGUGACGGCGUGCUUCUAACGACUCAUUUGCAUGCCCUCCCACCUACUAAAUGUAUAUUACUAUCGUCUAUUUAGUUACAGUUUGCAAUAACAAGUCUCAAAACAAGGUGAAUCACAUUAAACGAUUUGAAAAUGUUGAAAAUUAAAUUUUGAGUCAUCGCUGACUACGUCAUUUUAAUAGUUCGGCAUUUGUUACAAUUAGAUACCCGCGCGAU